UUCCCUUUGAGGGCGGCGCUCGCUCCGGAGCCGGAAGCGCCGGGCCCGCCGAGCGCACAGCGGAGCCGGGCCCGCCAUGAGCCGCCCGCCCGCGCUGCAGGCGCUGACCUGCGGGCCCUGGGAGAUGCGGGAGCGCCUCGGCACCGGCGGCUUCGGCAAUGUCAUCCGCUGGCACAACAAGGAAACCGGCGAGCAGGUGGCCAUCAAGCAGUGCCGGCAGGAGCUGAGCCCGCGCAACCGCGACCGCUGGGCGCUGGAGAUACAGAUCAUGAAGAGACUGAACCAUCCCAACGUGGUGGCUGCCCGCGAUGUCCCUGAGGGGAUGCAGAAGCUGGCACCGAAUGAUUUGCCACUGUUGGCCAUGGAGUACUGCCAGGGUGGAGACCUCCGCAAGUACCUGAACCAGCUGGAGAAUUGCUGUGGCUUGCGGGAAGAGGCCAUUCUUAUCUUGUUAUCUGACAUUGCUUCUGCUCUGAGAUACCUUCAUGAGAACAGGAUCAUCCACAGGGACCUGAAACCAGAGAACAUUGUGCUGCAGCAAGGGGAGCAAAGGUUAAUACACAAAAUCAUUGACCUUGGUUACGCCAAGGAGCUGGAUCAGGGCAGCCUGUGCACGUCCUUUGUUGGGACUCUGCAGUACCUGGCUCCAGAGCUGCUGGAGCAGCAGAAGUACACAGUGACAGUGGAUUACUGGAGCUUUGGCACGCUUGCCUUCGAGUGCAUCACAGGCUUCCGACCGUUCCUGCCCAACUGGCAGCCAGUGCAGUGGCAUACAAAAGUGCGUCAGAAGAGUGAGCUGGAUAUUGUUGUUUCAGAGGACUUGUCUGGAGAAGUCAAGUUUUCUAGCAGUCUGCCCUGCCCAAACAAUCUGAACAGUGUUUUGUCGGAGAGGCUGGAGAAGUGGCUGCAGCUCAUGUUAAUGUGGCACCCACGUCAGAGAGGGACAGACCCUACCUAUGGACCCAACGGGUGUUUCAAGGCUUUGGAUGACAUUUUGAACUUGAAGUUGCUUCACGUUUUGAACAUGGUCACGGGAACUGUGCACACCUACCCUGUGACGGAGGAGGAGACGCUGCAGAGUGUGAAGGCCAGGAUUCAGUCAGAUACAGGAAUUCCAGAACAAGACCAGGAGCUGCUGCAGGAAGCAGGACUUGCAUUGUUUUCUCAAAAGUUGGUCACUAAACACACAGCUGAUGGCAAGGUGAAUGACACUGCAGCUGCAGACACAGACCUCCUCUUCCUCUUUGAUACCAAGAAAGUUUCCUACGAGGCUCAGGUGGCCCUGCGGCCUCAUCCCGAAAGCGUCGACUGCAUCCUCCAGGAUCCCAAGAAGAAUCUGCACUUUUUCCAGCUGCGGAAGGUGUGGGGUCAGAUCUGGCACACGAUCCGGAUGCUGAAGGAGGACUGCAACCGCCUGCAGCAGGGCCAGCGAGCAGCCAUGAUGAAUCUGCUGCGUUACAACAGCACCCUCUCCAAGAUGAAGAACUCCAUGGCCUCCCUUUCUCAGCAGCUGAAAGCAAAGCUGGACUUCUUUAAAACAAGCAUCCAGAUCGAUCUGGAAAAGUACAAAGAGCAGAUUGAAUUUGGAAUUACUUCUGAGAAGCUGCUGUUUGCCUGGAAGGAGAUGGAGCAAGCUGUGGAACUUUGUGGGCGGGAGGAUGAUGUGGACGAGUUGGUGAAGAGGAUGAUGGCCCUGCAGACGGACAUUGUGGACCUGCAGAGGAGCCCCCUGGGCCGUAAACAGGGAGGGACACUGGAGGAUUUAGAAGAACAAGCCAGAGAGCUGUACCGAAGGCUGAGAGAGAAGCCAAGAGAUCAGAGGACGAGUGGUGACAGCCAGGAAAUUGUCCGACUGCUCCUGCAGGCAAUCCAGACCUUUGAAAAGAAAGUUCGAGUCAUUUAUGCUCAGCUCAGUAAAACUGUAGUUUGCAAACAGAAGGCAUUGGAGUUGUUCCCCAGAGUGGAGAAAGUGAUGACUCUGAUGAGUGAAGAUGAAGAAACAGUUGUGAGGCUUCAGGAGAAACGACAGAAAGAACUGUGGAACUUGCUGAAAAUUGCUUGUAGUAAAGUCCGUGGUCCUGUCAGUGGCAGCCCGGAGAGCACGAGCAGCUCACGGCUCGGCAGCGCGGGGCAGCUGCUGCUGCAGGUCCCCUCUGGAACGUACAGUCUGUCCGACUCUGUGAGGAAAAGUGAGGAGCUGCUGCUGGAAUCCCGGAAGCUUUGUAGCCAGCUAGAAAAUGUGAUGCACGACACAAUGAAGGAUCAAGAGCAGAGUUUCUUGGCUCUGGACUGGAGCUGGCUGCAGCUUCAGGUGGAAGAAACGAACAGCCCAGGACAGACAGAGAUGUAAAAUCACUGUGGCUGCUCUGAAGCUGCUUUGGGAAGCCAACUGUGAAAAGCUGCUGCCUCUGAGAAGGGAACAUCACCUGCCUUCCUCUCCUGUCACCAAGUGCUGCUGUGACACGGCCCAGCUUUCAGCAUCCACCUCUCAGACACUUUUUCACAAAGAUCCAGUAGGGAACGCCUGCUCUUAACUGCUUGGAAAAUGUUUUAAUUGUGCCUUAAGACAGCAGAUGCUCUGUCCUGAUAAAUCCUCCCUUAGGCAUCACCUGGGGCUGUUUUGCUGCAUUUUAGGUUUUCUAUGAACAAUGGACAUGGAUAGCAGUCACUGGUAGAUGUCACCUUCCUAAUGAACUGUGAACUCAAUUUCUGAACUUUGCUGAUUUGCACUUUUUUUUCUUUAAGUGUAAUGGUUGUACUUACCUAAUACUUGUUUCCUGUAUGGGAACGAAAUGAUCUGAACCAUGUAAACUUUUGGUUUGCUCUUUUUGAUGCGCUCAAUAACAAUUUAAUGGAAAAA